AUGGACGUGAUCGGUCAUUCGCCGCAAGCCACGCGGCUCAAAGGCCCUUUCCAUCCGGUGAAAUCUAAUACGGUGCUCGGCACUCCGAGCCUGUCUCUGUUGGAGUUUGAAUUCAUCGUCGUCCUCAAUGGCGACCAACUCGGCAUCCAGAGGCUGCCGGGCAAGUUUGCCAAGUUCGUCGCCGACAACGAGCCGGCCACGCUGCAACUGCGGGAGGCUGGAUGCGGCUUCUGCCGGUGGCCGGUGGACGUGCUCUUCGACGGGUGCGGCAAGAUGUACCUCCACACCGGUUUGGAGAAGUUCGCGCUCUUUCACGACCUUCAAGCUGGUUGCGUCCUCACAUUCUCCUACCAAGGCGACGAGGAGUUGAACAUGAAGGUGUUCGACGACACGUCCUGCCGUUGGCACUACCACGGCGGCGACGAAGAGUACGAUGAUUGA